AUGGUGGACUACUUAUUGUAUCCAGCCUCAAUUUUUGUCGGCGAUACCUUCUGCUACUUCGCCGGUAUGACAUUGGCUGUGGUGGGCAUUCUGGGUCAUUUCAGUAAAACGUUGAUGCUUUUCUUCUUACCGCAAAUUGUGAACUUCGUCUACAGUCUACCUCAGCUGUAUGCACUUGUUCCAUGCCCAAGACAUCGGCUUCCUCGGUAA